AUGGUUGAAGUACAGAAGACAAUUAUUGAAAUUCGCGAUCUCUACUGUACUCCAGUAAAAAAGCCCAUCUCGGCAUUUGCGAAAUUUCGACAAUUGGAGAAGCAAAAUAGCCCCGCGUCAACAGGAGUUCUCAAAACUCCUGGAACAGAUUAUCGAGUCAAAUAUACCAAUACGAACAAUCAGAGCAAUCAGAAUAAUGUAGCAGUCAUCAAAGAGCGAUUAUUGGCUUGGUGUCAAGCUAAAACUAAAGAGUAUGAGAAUGUUCACUUGAACAACUUUUCGACUAGUUGGAGUAAUGGUUUGGGAUUCUGUGCUCUUAUUCAUCAUUUCCGACCCGAUGCGUUCGACUAUCACAGCCUUCAACCAGAAAAUCGCAAAAAAAAUUUCGAAUUGGCUUUUACCAAAGCAGACGAAGUGGCUGGAAUCGCUCCACUAUUAGACGUUGAAGAUAUGGUUAUGAUGAGUCGACCAGACUGGAAGUGCGUUUUUACAUACGUUCAGUCAAUUUAUCGACGCUUCAAGGACGAAGACUAA